AUGCUUCUCAAAGCGCUCGGCGUGCGUGCGUCGCUGGGUGCGGCUGCCCCAGUGCGCUUUGCCUCGACGGCGGCCUUCCGCCCUGUUCCUGCACCUCGGGGUUCCGUCGAUACCCCCAAAGCCUUCCUCGAGGCGAUCUCGAAAACCCGCCGCAACCUCGCGGAGAACUCGACGUGCGUCUCGGCGCUGGGUGAGGACUGGGAGGCGAUGUUCCGCCUCACCUCGGAAAAGCUCAAGGGCGAGGGCGUCUCGCCGCAGCACCGCAAGUACAUUCUGUGGUCGCUCGAAAAGUUCCGCCAGGGCGAGGACCCCAAGGAGUUUGCGUACGAUAUCAAGAAGAAGAAGAAAGUGCGUGGCUGGGGUCCCCGCGUCCAGAAGGGCAUCCGCGUGCGCGGCAUGCUGCGCCCUGGCGAGCGCCGUGCUUAA